AUGCCAUCACUCAAGGAAAUAAAAGAUGAAGUUGAGAAUCUCCAUGAGCUCCCGUCAUGGCACGCCUCCGACAACUCUUUAAUGUUCCAAGCCUUUGAAUGGCAUGUCCCUGCGGACCAAAAACACUGGCGCCGCCUCCGUCACGCAUUACCUACUUUGAAGACCAUGGGAAUCGACAACAUCUGGAUACCUCCCGGAUGCAAAGGGGCAAAUCCAUCUGGAAAUGGAUACGAUAUAUACGAUCUCUACGACCUAGGGGAGUUUGACCAGAAGGGCUCCCGUUCGACCAAAUGGGGAACCAAGGAGGAACUGCUGUGCUUUGCUUCUCGUGCACAAGGCCUUGGGGUUGGGUUGUACUGGGACGCUGUGCUCAAUCACAAAGCUGGAGCUGAUUUCACAGAACAAUUCCAGGCAGUCAAGGUGGAUCCACAAAACCGAAACAGAGAAAUCUCGACUCCCGAAGAGAUUGGAGGCUGGACGGGAUUCGAUUUCUCGGGCCGUGGUGCCAAAUAUAGCUCGCACACGUACAAUUGGUCUCAUUUUAGCGGCGUCGACUGGGAUGACAUUCGCAAGGAGAAUGCCAUAUUCAAAAUCACAGGAACAGACAAAGGCUGGGCGACCGAUGUGAGCAAUGAGAAUGGUAACUACGACUAUUUGAUGUUCUCCGACGUUGACUACUCCAACCCCGACGUUCAACGCGAUGUUCUUCAUUGGGGACAUUGGAUCAAUACUCAGCUGCCUCUUGGUGGAAUGAGGUUGGAUGCAGCCAAACACUAUUCGGCUACGUUCCAGAAAUCGUUCAUCAAAAGAGUACGAGAACAGCAAGGAGAAAAUUUCUUCUUCGUUGGCGAAUAUUGGAAGGGCGAGGUUGGUGUGCUACUCGACUACCUCGAAAGAAUGGAGCAUCAACUCUCACUCUUUGACGUUCCUCUGGUUGAACAAUUUUCAAAAGUCUCGCUCACAGAAGGAGCUGAUAUGCGUUUGAUUUUCGAGGGCAGUCUUGUCCAGCAACGACCGGAGCAUGCAGUUACGUUUGUUGCAAACCACGAUACGCCAGGACAGUCCCUAGAUACUCCCAUCGCGCCGUUCUUCAAACCCUUGGCAUAUGCCCUAAUCCUCUUGCGCGACAAGGGCCAGCCGUGUGUAUUCUAUGGAGAUAUUUAUGGCAUCGGGGCAAGCAGCAAACAUACCUCGCUACCCUCGCCCGCCAGCAAUCUCUCGGCUCUCACACAGGCCCGCAAGCUCUACGCAAACGGAGCACAGAGAGACUACUUUGACAAACCUAAUUGCAUUGGAUUUGUCCGCUACGGUAACGCUCGUCAUCCAUUUGGACUCGCUUGUAUCAUGAGCAACGCUGGUCCAUCUCGGAAGCGGAUGUACGUCGGCCGGGUCCAUUCUGGAGAGAGAUGGUCAGAUAUCUUGAACAGCCGCCCAGAAACCAUCAAGAUAAACAGAAGAGGCUAUGGUACUUUUCCUGUCGCUGCAUAUAGUGCUAGCGUCUGGGUGAACUCUGCAAUAGAAUGCAGGGAGAAUCUACAUCACUUCCUCUAA